AAACACUGGCCUUUGUCUGCGCAUGCGCACAUUCAACUACUGGUUGCUGCACUGCGCAAACACACCGGUGACUCAGCUGGUUCAGCUUUCUAGGCUGGUGAAAAGGAAAGUGAAGUGGGCUGGAUGGUGCCACCCUGCAGUCGCUGUCCAGGAAGGUAACGAACUUUAAACAGCAGAACAAUUUUGCAGUGGGCGACAUUUUCAAUCCACAGCGUGAGAAAAAAGAGAUUAUCGCGAGAUCCGAGAUCCGGGAAGGGGCCCGCGCUCUGCGGUAAAAUGGCAUCACAGCAGACCGCGUUUCCUGAGAAACUCAGCCGAAAACAAUACAAGGCCGCGAUGAAGAAGGAGAAACGCAAGAAACGUCGGCAGAAAAUGGCUCGGCUGAGAGCUCUGGAAGCCCAACCAGAGGAGGACGAUGAUGUUUCUGCUAACGAAGAACUUGCAGAGAGAUUACUGGAGAUAGAGCGGCAAAGAUUACAUGAAGAAUGGCUGCUGAGGGAGGAGAAGGCACAAGAAGAAUUCAGAAUAAAGAAGAAAAAGGAAGAGGCCGCUAGAAAACAGAAGGAAGAACAGGAGAGACAAAUAAAGGCCGAAUGGGAAGAACAACAGAAAAAACAGAGAGAGGAGGAGGAGCAGAAGCUACAAGAGAAGAGAGAGAGGGAGGAAGCAGUGCAGAAAAUGCUGGACCAGGCUGAAAAUGAGCGCACUUGGCAGAACCCGGAACCACCCAAGGAUUUAAGGCUGGAGAAAUAUCGACCCAGUUGCCCCUUCUACAAUAAAACGGGAGCGUGCAGAUUUGGUAACAGAUGUUCACGGAAACACGACUUUCCCACGUCAAGCCCCACCCUUCUUGUGAAGAGUAUGUUUACAACGUUUGGAAUGGAGCAGUGCAGAAGGGAUGACUAUGACUCAGACGCAAACCUGGAGUACAGUGAGGAGGAGACCUACCAGCAGUUCUUGGAUUUCUACCAUGACGUGCUGCCUGAGUUCAAGAACGUGGGAAAGGUAAUUCAGUUCAAAGUAAGCUGCAACCUGGAACCUCAUCUGCGGGGCAAUGUGUAUGUUCAGUACCAGUCGGAAGAAGAAUGCCAAGCAGCCCUCUCUCUCUUUAAUGGAAGAUGGUACGCAGGAAGACAGCUCCAGUGUGAAUUCUGCCCAGUGACACGGUGGAAGGUUGCAAUUUGCGGUUUAUUCGAAAUGCAAAAGUGUCCAAAAGGAAAGCACUGCAACUUCCUUCAUGUGUUCAGAAAUCCCAACAACGAAUUUAGAGAAGCUAACAGAGACAUCUACAUGUCUCCGGCUUGGACUGGCUCCUCUGGUAAAAACUCAGACAGGAGGGAAAGGAAGGACCAUCACGAGGAAUACUAUAGCAAGUCAAGAAGCUACCACUCUGGUUCCCACCACUCCUCCAAGAGAAACAGGGAGUCCGAGAGGAAGAGCCCUCACAGGUGGAAGAAAUCUCACAGACAGACAACGAAGAGUCAUGAGAGGCACAGCUCAAGAAGAGGAAGAGAAGAAGACAGCAGUCCAGGUCCACAAAGCCAGAGCCACAGAACCUGAGCCCAGUUAAGGUGGCACCACUUGGACCCAAGACUGAUAUCAGGCUUGGCAACAACCAAACUUCAUUACAGAAUAAAAACCUAACAGUAUCCUUCAGAGUCCCCAAAGUAUUCAAAACGAAACUGAUUACAAAGGAAAGGCAUGGUGACUCCAUCUAAUUCCCAACCAAGUUACAAAACCGUGUGGCUUUAACAGAGACAGAAACAGGUAUUCGUUAUUUCUUUGUCUGUUACAAUGCUGUUAUAAUGCUUAGUAUCAUGUCAUUGAUGUUAUUUUCCAUACAGUUUAAGCUGGCUUCCCAUGUUGUUUUCCUGUAAUAACUUGACAUUGUGAUGCUUUAUCAUUAAUAUAU